AUGGCAUCGUCUGCUAUUCCCGACCGUGCUCCCAACCCCAAACCCCUUGGACCUAAGGUUCGAUUGAGAGGACUCCAUCUUGGCUCUUUGCCGCUGGGAAGCUUAGAUGUUGGGCCAAACCAUGAAGGUCAGCCCGGGAGGUCGGAUGAUGGAUCACAAUAUCGUGAGGCACUGAGGGAAUUCAUCACAGAAGUACUCAGGGAAUCAAUUCCAUUCGUCGAUGGCGUGCAGCCGAAACUUGCCUCUACAUCAACCUGGAAAGAUAGCGGGUCCAAGAGAUGUGCAUCAAGUGAGGGUAAUAUUGGCUUGUACAAACGUGUCGUUUCCAAGCAAGAACUUGAUAGAGUGGAUAGAUUAGGAGGCACUGAAGCAAAGGAGAAAAGUGAGACUUGGUAUGCUAGGAGAAGUCGUCAUAGGGAUCUUUCAUUUCCAGGUACAGCUACUUGGGGGGAAUUUACUCGCCACUUCAAAGAAGAACACUUUCGGACAGAGGAGUUGUGGUGUAAAUCUGUGGUGAGUGCUAGGAGAAUCAAGUACUGGGAAACAACGGACCUUAAUGUUGAGAUUGGUGGUGACCUAUGGAACAACAUCUCAAUGGACAUCGUGGAAAUGAAGCAUCGCAUCAAACCGAAGCCGUUGAUGAAGGAUCGAAAAUUUCCUGUGAUACUGAUUGCUGCAUCCCUUAACGAUGAGCGUGAAUUUAUAGUUAUUUCAAUACCUUUGAACGGUUUCACCAGUGCCGAAUACAAAGCAGACGAAAAAUCAGUUGGAGCGGCCUACGCAUCGAUCGAGCGACUUCGUGUUUUACCCUCUGGGGAGAUAGAAUGGAUAAUGGCUACCGUUUCAGAUGCUAAAGGUUCAAUCCCCCAAUGGAUACAGAAGCUCGCUGUACCAAGUGUGAUAAGCAAGGACGUCAACAUGUAUAUGACUUGGAUAGCGAAAGAGAGAUCAGGCAUCCCCAACGAAGAGCAGUCUCCACAAAACAAGAUUUCUCCUCAUCCCUCGUCUCAAGUUGUUGGAAGACAGUCGAAGCUCCGACAACGAUGGGGGAAAUUCAAAGAAAUGUUCGCCAGCUAG